AUGGAAGCUUGCGCUCAGCUGAAGAAGAGUUCAAGCAAUCCUAUACCACAAGAGAUAAGCACAGGAAAUUCUAUUGAAGCUGGAGAUGAAAAUAUCAUUCUGAAUCCUCGCUUUGAAGAUGGCCUUAACAAUUGGUCAGGAAGAGGUUGCAAGAUUCUUUUGUGUGAGUCCUUGGGAAAUGGAAAGGUUCUUCCAUUAUCAGGAAAAUCCUUUGCUUCAACGACUGGACGCACACAGAAUUGGAAUGGAAUUCAACAAGAUAUCACAGGCAGGUUUCAGAGAAAACUCGCAUAUGAGAUCAGUGCAGUGGUCAGGAUAUUUGGCUCGCCGGCCGCCGCCGCCGUUGUUCAGGCAACUUUGUGGGUUCAAAAACCGAAUGGCAAAGAACAAUACAUUGUCAUUACUCGAGUGCAAGCUACAGACAAGGAAUGGGUGCAGUUGCAGGGAAAGUUCUUAGUAAAUAGUGUAGCAGCAAAGGUUGUUAUCUAUCUAGAAGGUCCACCUCCCGGGGUUGAUAUUCUUUUGAAUACUAUGGUUGUUAAACAUGCACAGAAGAUCCCUCCAUCUCUUCCUCCUGAUACAGAGAAUGUGCUAUAUGGAGUAAGCAUAAUCACAAACAACAACCUCAUAGAUGGCCUAAAUGGUUGGUCUCCUCUUGGUUCUUGCACUCUAAACGUUGGACAAGGCGCACCUCGAAUUCUUCCUCCAAUGGCUAUAGAUUCUUUAGCAAGCCAUGAACCUUUAAAUGGUCGAUACAUUCUCACUACAAAUCGAUCACAGACAUGGAUGGGACCAUCUCAGGAUAUCACAUACAAACUCAACUUGUUUGUGACAUACCAAGUAUCUGCUUGGGCUCGAGUGAGCUCAGUUAGGAAUGGCCCUCAGAACAUCAAUGUUGCUCUCGGCCUGGACAAUCAGUAUGUGAAUGGAGGUCAAGUUGAAGCGGUAGAUGAUAGAUGGUAUGAAAUUGGAGGAUCUUUUAGAAUUGAGAAACAACCUUCAAAAGUUCUAUUGUAUGUUCAAGGUCCUUUGGCUGGUGUUGAUCUCAUGGUUUCAGGACUACAAAUAUUCCCAGUUGAUAGAAAAGCAAGAUUCAAAUAUCUUAAGAAGAGGACUGAUGAGGUAAGGAAAAGAGAUGUAAUCCUGAAAAUUUCAGGAUGCUAUUGUGAUGAUUUCUUUGGAACUUCUAUAAAGGUCACUCAAAUUAAGAAUAACUUCCCUAUUGGAUCUUGCAUCAAUAGAACAGAUAUUGAUAAUGAAAAUUUCGUUGAAUUCUUCAAAAAUAAUUUCAACUGGGGAGUUUUUGGCAAUGAACUUAAAUGGUAUUAUACAGAGCCACAACAAGGCAACUUUAAUUAUGCUGAUGCUGAUGAUCUCUUAGAUUUUUGCAACAAAAAUGGUGUGCAAGUCAGAGGCCAUUGUAUAUUCUGGGAAGUUGAAUCUACAGUUCAACCAUGGGUGCAGUCCCUUAGUAAGAACAAUUUAAUGAUUGCUGUUCAGAAUCGCCUCACUGGUCUCUUAACAAGAUAUAAAGGAAAAUUCAAACACUAUGAUGUGAAUAAUGAGAUGCUUCAUGGCUCUUUCUAUCAAGACAGACUAGGAAAAGAUAUAAGAGCAAACAUGUUCAAGACUGCAAGUCAGUUGGAUCCUUCUCCCAUACUUUUUGUAAAUGAUUAUCAUGUUGAGGAUGGUACAGAUACUCGAGCGUCUCCAGAGAAGUAUAUAAAGCAAAUUAUAGAUUUACAAGAUCAAGGGGCAAAUGUGGGAGGAAUUGGAGUUCAAGGCCACAUUGAUUCUCCCAUCGGACCUAUCAUUUCUUCAGCAUUGGACAAGCUAGGCGUAUUAGGCCUUCCUAUAUGGUUCACAGAGAUUGAUGUAUCGUCGAUAAAUGAGUACAUUCGAGCAGAUGAUUUGGAGGCGAUGUUGCGAGAAAUUUAUGCUCAUCCUGCUGUCGAUGGCAUCAUGUUGUGGGGAUUUUGGGAGUUGUUAAUGAGCAGAGAGAAUGCUUAUUUAGUAAAUGCUGAAGGUGACGUUAAUGAAGCUGGAAAGAGGCUUUUAGCUCUUAAGCAAGAGUGGCUUUCAAAUGCUUCUGGGAAUGUUAAUGAGGAUGGGGAGUUCUUAUUCCGAGGUUUUUAUGGUAGUUAUACUGUUGAGAUUAUUGCAUUUGAGAAGAAGAUAACUCAUACAUUCUCACUUGAGAAGGGUGAUUUUCCUUUAGUCGUGGAAAUAAACAUUUAGAAGCUCGAAUAAGUGGUUUCCAUUGGGCUACAUAUGUAAAGCAAUGGAUUAUGUUGUUAUUAAAUGUUGUAAAAGUCAUGAAGUAUAGAGAUUUGAGACAAAAUAUAAUAAGUUGUAGUGCACUCAAUACAAGGUGUGGU